AUGAGUUAUCAUCAGGGGGCUGAGGGUGGUGCCAUCCCUAAAGAAAGACAGAAGGAUGGGUCACCAAACAAGGAUCUUGAUGAGACCAUGGACCCUGAAAUGAGGUGUGUUUGUUUGCUUGUUGAAUACUUUUAGAUCCUAUGCUACAAUUUUUAAAAUAGAUUAACAUGAAGAGGAUUUUGACUAAAAAUACAGCACACCUCUCAAAUAUAUACUAAUAUGUUCAUAUGAUUUCUAUGAAGGAUACUGAGUUACUGCUGAGUAAACAGAACAUUUUAUUAUAGGGGAAACAUAGUCAGUUGCAUAACUGAAUGCAUUCAACUGAAAUGUGUCUUUCACAUUUAACCCAACCCCUCUGAAUCAGAGAGGUGCGGGGGGCUGUUUUAAUCAACAUCAAGUCAUCGGCGCCCGGGGAGCAGUUGGUGGGGGUUAACUGCCUUGCUCAAGGGCAGAACGGCAGAUUUUUUUUUACCUUGCCGGCUCGGGAUUCAAACCAGUGACCUUUCGGUUAAAGGCCCAACGCUCUUAACCACUAGGACACCUGCCGCCACUAUAAUGACACUAAGCAAGAUGGGAUAUUUAAUUGUUUUAAUUCUAACCAAUACAUUUGGUGUAAAUGACUGUGAAGACAAAUCAAGGGCCAGUGGUAGUUCAAAUGAAAUGUUAUUUGUCACAUGCGCCGAAUACAACUGGUGUAGACUUUACCGUGAAAUGUUUGCUUACGAGCCCUUCCCAAGGAUACAGAGUUUAAAAAUAAACAGGUCAGGGACAAAGUUGUGGAGAAGUACAGAUCAGGGUUGGGUUAUGAAAAAAUAUCAGAAACUUUGAACAUCCCACGGAGCACCAUUAAAUCCAUUAUUAAAACAUUGAAAGAAUAUGGCACCAAAACAAACCUGCCAAGAGAGGGCCGCCCACCAAAACUCAUGGACCAGGCAAGGAGGGCAUUAAUCAGAGAGGCAACAAAGAGACCAAAGAUAACCUUGAAGGAGCUGCAAAGCUCCACAGCGAGUAUCUGUCCAUAGGACCACUUUAAGCCGUACACUCCACAGAGCUGGGCUUUACGGAAGAGUGGCCAGAAAAAAGCCAUUGCUUUAAGAAAAAAAUAAGCAAACACGUUUGGUGUUCCCCAAAGGGCAUGUGGGAGACUCCCCAAACAUAUGGAAGAAGGUACUCUGGUCAGAUGAAACCAAAAUUUAGCUUUUGGCCUUCAAGGAAAACGCUAUGUCUGGCGCAAACCCAACACCUCUCAUCACCCCGAGAACACCAUCCCCACAGUGAAGCAUGGUGGUGGCAGCAUCAUGCUGUGGGAUGUUUUUCAUCGGCAGGGACUGGGAAACUGGCCAGAAUUGAAGGAAUGAUGGAUGGAGCUAAAUACAGGGAAAUUCUUGAGGGAAACCUGUUCAAGUCUUCCAGGGAUUUGAGACUGGGACGGAGGUUCACCUUCCAGCAGGACAAUGACCCUAAGCAUACUGCUAAAGCAACACUCGAGUGAUUUAAGGGGAACCAUUUAAAUGUCUUGGAAUGGCCUAGUCAAAGCCCAGACCUCAAUCCAAUUGAGAAUCUGUGGUAUGACUUAAAGAUUGCUGUACACCAGCGGAACACAUCCAACUUGAAGGAGCUGGAGCAGUUUUGCCUUGAAGAAUGGGCAAAAAUCCCAGUGGCUAGAUGUGCCAAGCUUAGAAGAAUAGUUAUGCACGCUCAAGUUUUCUGUUUUUAUGUCUUAUUUCUUGUUUGUUUCACAAGAAAAAAUAUUUUGCAUCUUCAAAGUGGUAGGCAUGUUGUGUAAAUCAAAUGAUACAACCCCCCCAAAAAUCCAUUUUAAUUCCAGGUUGUAAGGCAACAAAAUAGGAAAAAUGCCAAGGGGGGUGAAUACUUUCGCAAGACACUAUAUUUGAUAAAUGUUAUUUUCCAAUUCCCAACCAGGCCAGGAGAGGUACCCUGUGAUAUCUGCUCUGAGGUCCAAGCUGUGAAGUUCUGUCAGACCUGCACUAUCUCCUACUGUGAGACCCACAUCAGACAGCACUAUACAAUAGCAGCACUGCAGAGACACACAGUGGUGGAUGUGACUGGAUACCUGGUGCAGAAACUCUGUCAACAUGACUACAGUCCUCUGGAGGUGUUCUGCAGGACAGACCAGAUGCUGAUCUGCAGUCAGUGUGCAGAGACAAACCACAAAGGACAUGAUACCAUCCUCCUCAAGAUAAAGAAAGCUGGAAGACAGGUAGCUCCUGGUUUGUUUUCAUACUCUUUAUUGCAUGAUGUACAGUGUUUGUUUGAUAAAGAUAAAGGUUUAUGUGUCAAGAGCAAAAUAACAUGUUUCACAGAAAUGAUUGACUCUUUCUUUGGUUUUCACAGCCUAAGAGUUUUGAUGGAGACCAACACACAACUCUGGCCUCAGAUGAUGGUAGGUAUAUGUGGAAACACAGAAUAAACUGACCCAAAAAAUAUUAUUUAAUUUAAGUCUCAAUUUAGGCGCAUUCAUUUAGUAAGAUAUCAAUUGGUGUCCCUUAACUGCUGUGAUGAAUAAUACACAUUUGUGUUUGUAAUUUUAUUGUCAAUAAAGUCUGUUUUUCUGUCAUUAUUCCUUCACCAGUGCUGCCCCCUCCUGGUGACAUCCAGGUCCUGUUGCUGACGUCAAACUCUGUGUAUCUGAGCUGGAGUUCUCCUCAGGGGGUUAAAGGACCACACAAGUUCAGAGUGACCUGGGAAUGUGACGGGGAAACAAGCUCAUCAAGAGUGAAAGGUGUAUAUCGUCUUUAGUAUUCUCUGCAUGGAGGUUUGUUCCUGGGCUGCAGUAGGAUAUGAGGAAGCGCUGUGGGACUUUCUUCAUUCCUUCAGCCUUGGACCAGUGGAGAGUGAAGGAGGUAUCGUUCAAAUGGUCUACCUUUAAGUCUCUGGGUGGGACCACUGGAACAUAAAACAAUAUUUGUUUUAAGAAGAUCCAUAACAAUACCUCUCUUAAAACACAACAAAGUAUGUCAGUAAAACAUGACUAAAACCAAACUCUUUACCUGUGGAUAGGGAUGCUGAGACACAUCUGCUUUGGCUUCCAUCUUCUCCCUCUGUAGCCACGUUGAACUGGUACUUUUCACCAGGUUGCAGACUGCUUAUUUUAAGAUGAUGCCCACCUUUCACUCUUGUUGAGCUUGUUUCACCGUCACACCCCCAGGUCACUCUGAAUGACGGUGGUCCUGUCAGCCCCUGAGGAGAACCCCAGCUCAGAGACACUGAGUCUGACGUCAGCAACAGGACCUGGAUGUCACCAGGAGGGGGCAGCACUGGUGAAGGAAUAA